AUGCCUGAUGAAGCGUGUCCUUUAGUCUCUUUAUCUUCUAACCUGGCUGUUCUAGAAACGCGUUCUUGGCUUAAAUCUGCUCUCUGGUGUCUUUCACAAGUUGUGGAUUUAUUUUAUAAUUUCCCAUUUACAUGGAAUGACCUUAAGCAUAUGGGCCUUGUUGCCGCCACUGGAAAAACUCCUUCUUGGUUUCGGAUUAUUAUCUCUCUUUCCAGUCUAACUUCUCUUUUACCUAAACGUAUGAGACUUAUUGAUAUUACUCCAUCCUUAUCAACUUUGGUGGGAAAAUUUUUAUCUGGAUUUUCUGAACUAUAUGUUCCUGAUAGAUAUAUAGCAUUAGCACAACUACCUUUAUUGCAUUGUGACAGUUCUCCUGCCCUACUACCCGAUCUUACUCCAGUACCAAAUUGUAAUUUUGCCCUAAGUUCGGACACCACUUUCCAUAUAUCUGGAACUCUUCACGCCAUUGAUUCUACAACUUCAUUAUUGGUCUGUGCCUGGGUACAAACCCUUGACGAUUUCAUACUUGACUCUAGAAUUUUUUCUUGUCCUAUGAUUUCUCCAUACAACGAUGUUGCAUAA